AUGAACCCACUCAUCCAACUCAAGCUCAACACCACCAUCAAGCAAGCAGUCCACUUUGGUAAGACUUGGGGUGUCACUCUUUCAUUCUGGGGUGCUACUGCCUCCCUCGGUCUCUUAUACGUUGUUCAACCAAGAAUCAUCUUCAAGCACCUCCCACUCAUUGGCGACCAAUACUUGACUGCCAAGGAUAUCGAACAACAAAAGAAGCAACAACAAAACUAA